AUGAGUCAGACGGAAGGUGAAGCCCCUAUUUCUGAUGAAACUUCAGUUGUCGUUGAAGCUGCGGUCGGUGAGUCAUCUACAGUUCCAGAUGUGCUACCGAAACGCAACGACGAGAUUCCUGAAGGAAUGACGAAAUCGCAAUGGAAAAAGCUACGACGUCGCCAGAGGUUCGACGAGAGAAAAGAGGAGUUCAAGGAGUUCAAAAGGGCCAAGCGUCAGCAGCAGCGUGUGAACAGAAAGAUCACAAUGCAAAAAGCUAUCGCUGAUGGGAAGGACCUUGCUGAACUCUAUCCAUCAAAGGCCAAACCCAAACCUAAGCCCGAAGAUCAGGUGUCCAGUGGGUGCAAAGUAAUCAUGGAUUGCGAUUUUGAUGAUCUUAUGCUGGAAAAGGAAGUUGUUUCGCUGUCGAAUCAGUUGACCAGAUGCUAUUCCGACAACAGGAGGAACAAAUAUCACGUGGAUCUUCAGAUCUGUUCUUUCAACAAGAGGCUCAAGCAGCGGUUUGAAACGACGCUGAGUGAUUAUACCAAUUGGGACGAUAAUAUACAGUUUUUGGAAGACGAUCUGGAGGCAGUACUGAAAUCGGAGGACCCAGAGAGUGACCUGUCCAACGUGGUGUAUCUUUCGGCAGAUACAGAUGACGUUUUGGAGGAGCUGAAAGAGGGCGAAAUUUACGUGGUCGGUGGAAUAGUCGACAAAGGAAGACACAAGUUUCUGUGCAAAAACAAGGCUGAGAAACUAGGUAUCAAGACGAAGAGACUGCCUAUCGAUGAGUUCAUCAAACUGAGUGGCCGUCGCGUGCUGGCAACAAGUCACGUGUUUGAGCUAUUGCUCAAAUGGUUCGAAUACAGAGACUGGAAGCGCUCGUUCGAGGAAGUCAUUCCACAAAGAAAAUUGGUGGAAGAAACUGGUGUUUCGUCCGAGGAAAAGACCGAGGACGUCAUUCAAGGUCACAAUGAGGCUGUGGCUUAG